AUGGUGGAAGGUGGUAUCUCAAAACCAGACAAGACAGAGUUCACUGAAUGUUGGAAGACAACAUGGAAAACACCUUAUAUUAUGAGACUUGCAUUGUCUGCUGGUAUUGGAGGGCUCCUAUUUGGUUAUGACACAGGAGUGAUUUCUGGUGCAUUACUGUAUAUCCGCGAGGACUUUCAUGAAGUUGAUAGAAAAGCAUGGCUACAAGAAACCAUCGUGAGCAUGGCUGUCGCAGGUGCCAUCAUCGGAGCUGGAUUUGGAGGGUGGAUAAACGACAGGUUCGGUCGGAAAAUAUCGAUUAUGGUCGCCGAUGUUCUUUUCUUUGUGGGUGCAAUAGUGAUGGCCCUGGCUCCGGCACCGUGGAUGAUUAUCCUCGGACGGAUCUUUGUGGGUUUCGGUGUGGGAAUGGCUUCGAUGACGGCACCACUUUAUAUCUCAGAAGCUUCGCCGGCUAGGAUCCGAGGUGCGCUGGUUAGUACCAAUGGGUUGUUAAUCACCGGAGGCCAGUUUCUAUCUUAUUGUAUCAACCUGGCUUUCACUCACGUUACAGGAACCUGGCGUUGGAUGCUUGGAGUAGCUGGACUCCCCGCCGUGGUUCAAUUUGUGUUGAUGCUUUCACUUCCAGAGUCUCCUAGGUGGCUUUAUAGAAAGAGCAAGGUAGAUGAGGCCAAAUCCAUCCUAGAAAGAAUUUACCCUGCAGAAGAACUUGAAGAUGAAAUGAAUGCUCUAAAAAUCUCAGUGGAAGCUGAAAAAGCUGAUGAACAUGCCCUUGGUGAUAGUAUGGCACAAAAGCUAAAGGGAGCUUUCAAGAAUGUCGUUGUCCGAAGGGGACUGUAUGCCGGUGUGACAGUUCAAGUGGCUCAGCAAUUUUCAGGCAUUAAUACCGUCAUGUAUUACAGCCCUACCAUCGUUCAGUUCGCCGGUUUCGCUUCAAACAAGACUGCAAUGGCCCUUUCUCUCAUAACUUCCGGUCUCAAUGCUGUUGGGUCUAUUGUCAGCAUGACUUUUGUCGAUAGAUACGGCAGGAGGAGAAUGAUGAUCAUUUCCAUGAUCGGCAUAAUUGCUUGCCUGGUGGUGUUAACCAUUAUCUUCUCUCAAGUCGCCACCCAUUCGCCGAAUAUCGACCACUUUGAAUCGAUGCACUUUGCUCUAAAUGCUUCUUGUUCGAGUUAUGUGAGAGCUAACGAUCCAACAUCAUGGAACUGCAUGUCCUGUUUGAGAGCUGAAUGUGGCUUUUGUGCUAAUGGGUAUACUCCCGGAGCAUGCUUGGCAUUGAGCAAAGACAUAAAGGAUUCAUGUCGUGAGAAACACCGUACUUGGUACAAAGAUGGUUGUCCGAGCCGAUUUGGGUUUUUGGCAGUGGUGUUCCUAGGACUUUACAUCAUAUCAUACUCCCCCGGAAUGGGAACAGUGCCAUGGAUCGUGAACUCUGAGAUAUACCCCUUGAGAUACAGAGGUAUUGGAGGAGGGAUAGCUGCAGUUGCAAACUGGGUAUCUAAUCUCAUUGUUAGCCAGACAUUCUUAACCCUCACCAAAGCUCUUGGCUCUGCCGGGACCUUCCUCUUGUUUGCUGUAUUUUGUGGAAUUGGACUCAUUUUCAUCUUCUGGUUCGUGCCCGAAACCAAAGGACUGCAGUUCGAGGAGGUGGAGAAGCUGCUUCAGGCUGGUUUUCGGCCUGAAGCAUUUAGGAAAAGCUCAGAGGAGACUAAGGUAGAUAAGGGUAAAUGUAAGGCUAAGGCUGAGGCCGAAACCGAUACCGAGACCAAGCCUCAGCCUAGUUCCUAA